AUGCCCAGGGUAACUGUUGUCGGCGCAGGCGUGUUUGGCCUCACGAUUGCGCUCUCGCUGCCGAGGCAUUACGAUGUUACAAUCGUCGCAAGAGACAUGCCUGGUGAUCCCGAUAGUUUGGGUUGGGCGAGCCCUUGGGCGGGGGCGGGUUUUGGCGGCGGGGGCACGAAACCCAACGACCCGGAAGAGAUGGAGAUGCUCAAAGCUGCGUUCCGCUACUUCUGGACUCUGUCAGAGGAGCACCCGGAAUCGAGCGUCAAGAAAAUGCGCGACGUCUUUAUCAGAGACAACGUGGACACAGACUCGGAUCUGUGGUGGAAAGACUUCAUGCCUGAUUACCGCAUCAUGGACCCCUCUGAGCUCCCGCCCGCGUCGAACGCCAAGAUCGGGAUCACCUACACCUCGCUCGUGCUCACGCCCGCCACCUACCUCGCCUACCUCUUCUCCCUCCUCAAAGCCUCGCCCAACGUCUCCAUCGUCCGCUCAGAGUUAUCCUCCCUCGAGCAGCUCGUCCCCUCCUCUUCCUCCUCUGCAGGUGCCUCUCCCUUCGGCGCGGUGGCACCAGACGUAAUUGUCAACGCCUCCGGUGUCGGCGCCGGGUCCCUCGUGAACGACGACCUCGUCGAGCCCGUGCGCGGGCAGACGAUCGUCAUCCGCCAGCCGGACGUCGACCACAUGACGCUCCGUUCCGGCAUCGACUACUGCUACGUGAUCCCGCGCGGCGACGGCACCGUCGUCAUCGGCGGGAUCAAGGAGCACGGCAAGACGUCCCCGGAAGUCGACCCCGAGAUCCGGAAGGACAUCGCCUUCCGCGCGCACCAGCUCGACCCGCGCGUGCCCUCCUCAGUCGAAGCCCUCGACGUCGUCCGCGACAUCGUCGGCAUCCGCCCCGGGCGCCGCGGCGGGAUGCGCCUCGAGGCGGAGGUGCUGGAGUUGGGCGGGGGAAGCGUGCCCGUUGUCCACGCCUAUGGCGCAGGUGGGACGGGCUACGCGCUCUCGCCCGGCGUCGCGCGCCGGGUCGCGCAGAUGGUCGACGCGUUCGUCAUGGGCGACCAGUUCCCGCAUCCGCGAUUGAGUACGCGGGGUACGUCGGCUGUCUUGGCGACCGAGAGGGAGGAGCAGAAAGCGGGCAGGUGUAACGUUAUGUAGGUUUCUUUGUGGCUUACAAGACAGGGUGCGAAUAUGAUGUUGUACAGUGGUAGGAG